CCUCACCGCCUGCUCUGGAGUCUAUUGGGAGGGUGAUUUUACACUUCCGUCAUUGUAGCUUAGCAAAGCAACCGGUUUGUCGGGCAGUUACAUUUGUAACAAAAAGAAACUAGAGCGAUGAUGUAUCUCAACCGUAGCGCGUUCCUCUACUGGACACAUUGGAAAUAAAAUAAUUUUGGAAGUGGUGAUAUUAUUGUACAGCGAUUGUAUCACUGUCUAUUGUUAGCCUGUUAGCUUCCAAUCUGUUUGUGUAACUACUACUGAGGAACGACGAGACGGCUUUCUGUUCUCAUAACUAAGAUUGUUAUCCACUCAAAGCAAUGGACGGGGACUCUGAGUCAGCCUCUGAGAGGAUUCUGCUGGAGCCAUACAAGUAUUUGUUGCAACUGCCAGCUAAACAAGUCAGGACGAAGCUUGCCCAGGCUUUUAACCACUGGCUGAAUGUUCCAGAGGACAAACUGCAGGUCAUCAUUGCUGUGAUUGAGAUGCUGCACAACGCCAGCCUGCUCAUAGAUGACAUUGAGGACAGCUCCAAGCUGAGGCGAGGUUUCCCCGUGGCCCACAGCAUUUAUGGCAUUCCCUCUGUUAUUAACUCAGCCAACUAUGUCUAUUUUUUGGGCUUGGAGAAGGUUCUAACCCUGGACCACCCUGAGGCUGUUAAAGUGUUUACUCGGCAACUGUUGGAGUUGCACCGCGGCCAAGGCCUGGACAUCCACUGGAGAGAUACCUACACCUGCCCCACCGAGCAGGAGUACCGCAACAUGGUGCUGCAGAAAACUGGAGGACUCUUUGGCUUGGCUGUGGGCCUGAUGCAGCUCUUCUCAGAAUGGAAACAAGACCUGAAACCCCUACUGGACACACUGGGUCUUUUCUUUCAGAUUCGUGACGACUAUGCCAACCUGAGAUCCCGUGAGUACAGCGACAACAAAAGUUUCUGUGAGGACCUGACGGAGGGAAAGUUCUCCUUUCUCACCAUCCACGCCAUAUGGUCACGUCCAGAGAGCACGCAGGUGCAAAACAUCCUAAGGCAGCGCACGGAGAACAUGGACAUUAAACGAUACUGCGUGGACUAUCUGGAGAAGGUAGGCUCGUUUGCCCACACCCGCCAGACUCUGCGGGACCUGGAGAUAGAGGCCUAUCGUCUCAUCAAAGGCUUCGGGGGAAAUCCUCAACUGGAGAGUCUGGUCAAACACCUGAGUUUAAUGUAUCACGAGGCUGAAGCUGCAGGAGAGUCCACCACUGCUACUGAUUCACACGCCAACCAAAACCACUGACCUUAUCCACCUUUCUCUGCUGCAUUAGUCAGAUCACAGCCACGCACACUCCACCGACACAGGAGCCGGCCAGCUACGCUGAGAUACGCACUUGAUGAAGCAUGGAACACAAACAGAAAUGUUAAAUUCAAACAAGGUCCAAAUGUUGCCUUUACACAUUGUUGUUUUCUAGAUGCAUAUACUGGUUGCAAGAAAUAGAAAAAACGUGGAACUCUGAACAAAGACCUGAAGUCGAUUUGCUCUUUUCAGGUACACUGAAUAAAAGAAAACUAAAACCACA